AUGACAGAUACAUCUACAAGUCAAACUGACAUUUCUUCAAGCAGUACUGAGUCAUCAUCAAUGGGGUCCAGCACUCCAAUGACAGAUACAUCUACAAGUCAAACUGACAUUUCUUCAAGCAGUACUGAGUCAUCAGCAAAUGGGUCCAGCACUCCAAUGACAGAUACAUCUACAAAGUCAACUGACAUAACUUCACACAGUCCUGGGUCAUCAUUAAUACAGUCAAGCACUACAGUGUCAGGUCCAGUGACAACUGAGACCACUACAAGCAGUACUUCCGUAACACAUUUUCCAACUAUGAAGCCAGAUUUAGAUAAAGCAGUGUAUAUCUUCACAUUUGAGUUAACCAUUGACGGCAACUUUAUAGAUGAUUUAAAGGAUGAUGAUAACUUUAUAACUUCUUUGAAUGGCACGGAAAUGGUUGGCGAAGUGUGUAUAAUAUCGAGUAUGAUGUCCGCGGGCAUAAAUGACGGCCUGGCAUCGCCGCCGCAUGCUGCUGAUGAGCAGCCUGCGGACCUUGAGAGGAGGAAUCUUGGCCAAUUCCUCUAUGUUUGCUAUCUUAGCUCCUGA